AUGGACUCAUAUGUAUUUACCGACUCCGGCCCGAAGCAUAUGAUGGUGAAAACUGGGUCAGGUUCUUCUCCGGCGGCGACCAUGAUAAACAUUAACUGGGACAGCCACGAGCACCGCCGCUGCAUCGCCGCCUGCGUUGUUAAUGGGACUUACGCCAUGGAGAGCGACGAGUACAUGAACAGGACGCACACCGGCGAGGCGCUAGCGCCGGCGUGGUGGGAGAGCUUCAACUUCCGCCGGCUUAAAACGCUCAGGUACGAAUGCGAGUGCCUGCUCUGCGAGACCAAGACCAGACUGCUGUCCUCCUCCUCCGGAGCCCACCGGCCAUGCUCCAUCUACGGGGCCAUCCUAGAGCACGUGCCCGCGGCCGGCGCCGGCUCGCUCCGCCACCCGUCGUCGGCUCCACGCUACAUCGUGGCGUUCCGGGGAACCAUUCUACGGCGGCACCAGCAACAACACCACGAGCAGCAGCAGCAGCAUCAGCACACGGUUUUCUGCGACAUGCACCUCAACCUCCGGAUACUUGUCAACAAGCAGCACGGCUGCGGCCGCUUCCGCGACGCCCGUAAAGAGGUCGGCAGACUCCUGGACUCCGUCGCCGACGGCAGCCAUGUCGCCCCGGCCGCCGUCUGGCUCGUGGGCCACUCGCUCGGCGCGUCCGUCGCGCUGAACGUGGGGCGCGACAUGGCCACCAAGGGGUGCUACCUGCCGACGUUCCUCUUCAACCCGCCGCAGGUGUCGCUGGCGCCCAGCAUGCUGCCGCAGGCCCUGAGGAGGGUCGCCAAGAGGGUGGUGUACCCGACGAGCUACGCCGUGAAGGCGGCGCUGGGGUCGACGGUCCUGAAGCGCCAGGAGAGGGACAUGGAGGCGCUGUUCCAGACGCUGGCGCCCUGGGUGCCGGAGCUGUACGUCCACGAGAGGGACAUCGUCUGCCAGGGCUUCAUCGACUACUUCGAGCGGCGGCAGAAGAUGCUGGACCGGCUCCGGCCAGUCGCCGAGGUAGCCAUGAAGCUCUCUCUCCGUGACAUGCUCAUAUCCACCGACCCCGCCAAGAACGGCGAUGGCCAGGGAGUGCGCCCACACCUCCUGCCCUCGGCGAGGCUAUGGAAGAAUUCGAGCUACCACUACGCGCACGGACUUGAGCAGUGGUGGAAGCCCGACAGCGAGCUGAGGUUGAGCUCCAGGCGAUACAGCGAUCGUGGAGCUGAGGCAGAGCUUCUCUAUGGUUAA